GUCUUAUUUAUUUGCAUAUUAAACGUCGCUCGUUUCUGUUCGUCAAAUUUUAAGUGUUGAUUUGUUAAGGUUUAUGUUUUUUUUUUUUUUAAUAAUGAUCGAAACAAAGUUAAGUGAGCAAUUGUCCUCAAUAUAUCCCACUCCACCACCUGAGGAUGGAGAUGAUGACUCCCCGGUUGAAGAUGAGGCCAAUAAAUUGAUGGCGAUUAAAAAACAUCCGCCAUUAGCUAAACUAAUAUUGAGCGCCAUUGAGUCAGAAAAUAAACGCGGUGGAUCCUCUGCAAUCGCUAUUGCAAAAUAUAUUAAAUCGACCGAUUAUGUAGUUAAGGAUGAUAAACGUUUUAAUAAAAUUGUAUUGAAGGCUCUGAAACUGGCCAUAGGCCGGGGUCAGGUGGAGCAAGUAAAGAAAUCCUUCAAAUUAACGGUGCAAGCAAAAAAUGAAUCCAAAGCCAUCCAAAAGAUGAAGCUCAAAAAGGAAAAGAAAUUAGAAAAGGAAAAAAAACUAAUGGAAAAAAAGAAGGUAAUUAAAGACAAGCCAAUAGCUACGGCAGAUUUGGCCCAAACCACAGAAGCAAAGAAGGCAAAGAAAACCAAACCAUCUGAACGGAAAACAGGACAAGCAAAGAAGCCAAAGGCAGAAGCCUCAGAAGGCAAAUCCAAGAAAGCAGCAGCAGCAUCGACAUCGGCAGUUGGAAAGAAAAAUACUUCAAGAAAAUCGAUUGGCACUCUGGCCAAACCGAAAGGCACUAAGGCUAAAUUAAAUCGCCUUUCGAUUAAGAAGCUAGUGGCCGCAAAAGAUGUUCCGAGUGGUGAAGAAGACAUGCCAGAUGGUCUUGCACUGGCGUCAUCCACGCCCCAGAUGACUCCAAUCACUAAAGGCAAAGGCAAACGCGCCGCUCCCAGAGCGACGAAGGCUUAAAUUCAAAUUUAUUUAAAAAAAAAAAAAAACAAUUAAUAUACAUGUGUGUCUAAAUAUUUGUAAUUAUUUUAUAAACUAACGAAAAUGGUUUUGGUCUUGAAUAGAAAGUGAUUUAAUCUCAA